GAGUCAGUGUCCGAAAUAAAGAAGUUGCAAGGAAAAUACUUUUCAGAAGAAGUUUCAGGAAAGGUCACUAGUUUGUCACGAAACUUAGGUCUCUUUAGAGAUGAAGAUGGGAUCUUGAGAUGCAAAGGAAGAAAUCACCCUUCACAACCGAGAUAAUACUGAAGACGCAUAGAGAUAACUACCAUGUUGGUGUACCGCACACGCUAAGCAUAUUACGCGAGAAGUAUUGGAUCCCUCAUGGGCGAGCCCAAGUACAGAAAACCCUAAAGAUGUGUUCACAGUGUGAGAAAUAUGCCGGAGGUCCUUACAAACUGCCACCACCACCUGCACUACCCAGUGAAAGGGUUAACUAUAGUUCUCCAUUUACCUUCACUGGAUUAGACUACCUCGGACCGGUUUUAGUGGAGACAAAUACUGGCAGAGAAAAACGAUGGAUUUGUCUUAUGACAUGCCUAGCAGUUCGUGCUGUACAUUUGGAGUUGGUCAAGGCUUUGACAGCUGAGGAGUGUUUGCUAGCGAUACGGCGUUUCGUAGCUGCCAGAGGACCACCUAAAGUAUUGAUAUCUGACAAUGCACUACAGUUCAAGCUGACGAGUGAAGUACUGAUCAAGUCAUACUGCCAGGAGAAACAUAUCAAGUGGAAAUUCAUUACGCAGCUUGCACCCUGGCAAGGCGGUUUCUAUGAACGUUUAGUUGGACUGGUAAAACACUGCUUGAAGCGCACACUUGAUAAGCAUUUAUUAACUGAUGGUCAAAUGCAGACAGUAGUGAAGGAGAUUGAGGCUGUUUUGAACACUAGACCUUUGACUGCAGUGGGUUCUGACCCAGAGGCAGUACUGCGGCCAGCAGAUUUUCUAUCCCUAGGUGAGUGCCUAGAGAUAAACUCAGAACUUUGCGAAGGAACCUCACAAGGCACCAAUACAAAAGUCGACUUGGUCGAAGGCUGGAAGAGAGGUCAGAGGAUACUUAACGAAUAUAAAGAGAUGUUCACCAACCAAUACCUACCAAGUCUGCGGGAUAGAUUCAGCCACUCUCAUAAACAACCGCGAGUGAUAUCAAAGAAGUCUCCAGAAGUUGGUGACAUCGUCCAGAUCAAGAAUGACUCCAAAAAUAGGAUCAAUUGGAAGGUUGGCAGAAUUUCAAACUUGAUCCGAAGCCGUGACGGUGAAUGCCGAGCAGCCAAAGUUGUAGUUGGGAAUACAGAAUUCACGAGAUCCAUAGCACACCUGUAUCCGUUAGAGUCUGACACGUACGGCCCAACAGAUUAUGCACGUUUACCAACACAAGACACUGAGAUGGCAGAGAUACCAGCUGAGCCCAUGGAGAUAGUUGAAAUUAGAGAACCCCCGAAAGUACCUGAUACGAUGGUAUCUCCUGAGCCCGAGAUGGAGAUUGAUGAGUUAACAAUCCCUACUGAAUCGACAAUCGAGAGAGAAGUUGUGUUAGAUUCUGAAACUAGUCCUAAGCAAACUGAGCAAGCUUCUGAUAAUGAUAUACCCGACGAGACAGAACUGAAAGAGACAAGUGUUAUGGAAGACCAGCCACAGGAAGUGACUAGAGCAAGGCGGAACGCUGCCAUUUGGGCUAGAGAACGAAUAGCCGAAUGGACGCGCCAGUUGAUGACGCUACUUAUGUGAUCUUCUCGCCUUCGGGAGUGUCGCGGAGAUCGCGAAGUCUGUUAUUGUGGUAUGUAUCCAAACCGUCACUCUUAGCGUAUUCUUCACUGGUAACACUGGCGAUGGAGGUGAGCAAGUGUCAGAGGUGACCGCGAGGAGAAAAGAGCGGAAACGAGUUGAGACACGUGGAGAGAUGUGCUCUGAGUACUGGUACGUAAUUCGCCGUGUGGCACGUGUACGACGCUCUUGGUAAGUGAGACAUUGCUAUAUUUGAUAUACUCAUGGAUAUUGCAGUGACCAUGAGUUAACGGCUACCUUGAGAUAGAGCUGAGUUGUUGAGUUGAGUGAUAUUCGGUGUGUAGCUCGAGUUUGAAUGCAACAUGUGAGGUGGCUGGUAUGCUAUCGGUUUGAGUUACUGGAGGUUACUUUAUGGAGGCUGAUGGAUGAGCUGUAGGGGUUGUUGUGGAGGCUCGUCGGGGACCACAUGGUUCCCACCUCAGUACUCAUCGCAAGUUCUUGAGCAUGAGAUAAGAGUGCUGAGUUGCGGGAUGCACGAUGAGUUCUCCUUUGGAGAUUCAGUUGUGCCGUGCAUCCACCGAUAAGAGCCACGGGACUUGGGGCCCUUCUAAUUUUCCCUGAGAGAGUUUAGAGGUUGCAUUCAUAACAAGAGAUGAGAUCGAGUUAGAUUUGAGAUGGAAUUGUACGCCCAUCGAGUGUUGAUUCAUGGUCGGUGCAAUGGCUAUGUUGUACUGUGUUAUAUGUAUAGACCCAUGUAGCCAGAUUGCUGUUACAUCCCUUCUAGA